AUGGCCGAUGCACUUCUUUCUGCUGUCUUCAAUGUGCUUCUGGAGAGGUUAACCCCUCUCCAAGCUGACUUGAUCAACUCGAUUUAUUGGCUUGAUGAACUCAAAGAUGCUGCUUAUGACCUGGAAGACUUGAUGGAUGAGAUUUCCACACGAGCUGCCACUCAGAAGAAGGUGCACUAUUUGUCCUUUGCUUCUCUUGGUUUGCGUGAUACGAGCCUGGCAAAUAAGUUAGAAGCUAUAUCUGAUAGAAUUGAACAUAUUGUGGCACUCAAAGAUGGCCUUCAUUUGAAGGAGACAAGUGGAAAAGAAACUUUGUUAUGGAGGUCUCCAGUUACGUCGCAUGUGAAUGUCUCUGAUGUUUAUGGAAGAGAGAAAGAAAAACAAGAUAUCAUUAAGCUUAUGUUCAAUAAUGAUGACGGUGGCCAGUUAGAUUCAACCGUGAAUUCUUACUUAGAAGAAAUCAGAAGCGAUGUUGCUAGCAAGUGUAAGGGAUUGCCUUUAGCUGCAAAAGUACUUGGGGGACUUUUCCGAUCAAAGCCUGACUUUGAAGACUGGAAUAAAAUACUGAAAGAUGCCAUGUGGGAUUCAUCGGACAGCAAUGAGAUCAUUCCAGCCUUAAAAUUUCGUAAGGAGGAAUUAAUCUUGAUGUGGAUGGCGGAGGGCUUUUUGCAACUGCCAAAAGGGAACAUGACUUUAGAAGAAGUUGGUUACAGGCAGCUCCCGGCUCUGAAGACAUUAUAUAUUGAAGGAUUAGAAACUAUUGAGAAGAUUGGCGAAGAGUCGUUGAAGGCCAGUGAAUGUGCUCCCAUGAUACCAUUUCCAUCUCUUGAAUGUCUUAAUUUUAAUAGGAUGGCUUCGUGGAAAGAAUGGCAUUCCAUUGGCAUGGAAGCUUUCCCUAAACUCCGAUAUCUCGAUGGGAUAUUGUCCAUUGCUGGCUUCUUCUAUUCCGAGGUGUCCUGA